CCCAACUCUAAUAAAUUACAUUUUGUGUUAAACAAUUGAAAAUACACGUAAAAACACAACAACAACGUUGCGGCAUUUGUAAAAUAAUAUUUAUUUAACUCUCCUCGUGCGUCGCGAUGUGUUAGCCACAAAAACGGCGCCCACUUGCGCGUUUUGGAUCCCGUUUUCGGAUUUAGCUGCGCUGCGCGACCCAAAACAAGAAAAAUUCGCAUGCCGUUGCAACGAAUUCGCAAUGCGCUGCAGCUGAAAAUUAAGAGGUACAACAUUGUUUCCACGUCCUUGCAAUUAAUUUAUGCACGGUGUCGUUGGGUUGAUAAAUAAAAAUUGUUUUAACCAAACGCCACAAACAACUGGCAAUGGAGCAAAAGCAUAAAAACAAUGUAAUCAGGACGUUCGACAAUGAGAAAGACCGCGUGCUUUUAGCGUAGAGUACAAAACAACGCGCUGUCAUCUGUCCGAUAGGUAGUGUUAUCGGCUGCUGCCCUGUUAUCGCGUUAUCGCGCAAGGACCACGAGAGCGGCGAAAAACCUUUUGCCUUUUCCGAGUGGGUUGGUGUGUGGGUGGUGUGUGAAAAAAGUGCGUGCGGUCUUGUUUAUGGGCGAAAAAAAGCAGCGGCUGUCCAGCCGGAGUUAGGUAGUUCUGAGCAGGAUCCUACCCAUCGAGAUUAGGUUGCCUUUCCCAUCCUGCUGGUCCGCUCCCCAACUUCCAGCUGUCGGUUUUUUAUUAACAUUCCGCAUUAAAGCCGAAGGAUUGCCUAGAGACGACGGCACAUGAACCGGGUGAUAUAUACGAGCGCCACGAGUUAGCCUCCGCCGAAAGAGAUGGCCAACAACAAUCAUCCGCAUCCUGGACAUCUCAGUCAAGCGGCCCAGAACGCCUCCUGGAACCCGCUGCAAAUCCCGUCAUACAUACCCCGGCAGCCGCAGUUGGCUCACAUGUCUAACGAGCGGCCCGGAAUGGUGCGAUCUCCGCUGGCCUGGCACGUUUCCGGAACCGUUUCCGCCCAGCCGCCGCCACCUCCCGAUGCCAUUUACAAUUUCAUGUCGGCUAAUCACAAAAACCUGGAUCACCACCAUCAGAUGAAUCCAUUGUUGGCACCGCCUUACUCAGGAACUUUGCCAUUUAACUCCAUGGAUCUGUCCUUGCAGUCCGCCCGCAGUGCGGCUCAGCCGCUACCCAAGCCACCGCCAAAUCAGCAGCCACAGCAAUCCCAGCCGCAGCAACAAUCACUUAUACAUCCUCCCAAUUAUCCUCCAAUUCAAAAUCUCACAACCAAUGCCACGCCCACCAGUGCACAGCUUCAACAACAACAACAACAGCAAGAACACCUGGCAGCCAUGGCAGCUGCCCAUGUUAGUUUAUUGCACUCCAGCCGACAGAACCAGGGAGCCCCGUCAGGUAAUCUCAGCAACGGAGGCGACUGCGAAUCCUUGCUCCCGCCACCGCCACCAACAACUGCCUCUGGGAACAGCAAUCACACUGGAAGCAACAGCAGUAGCAGCAAUAGUGGGAGUAACAAUCACAUAACAAGCCCGCACUACAUGCCAACUCGCGAUGAGAACUUCAAACUGGCGCAAUUGAAGCGUAGCUUUGAUCACGAGCUGCUUUCUGGGAAGAAUCUGCAAAAGGAAAAGGACUUUGGCUAUCCAACUGCGGGAUCAGCUAGCAAACUGCCCACGCACAAUGUACAGCAGCAACAUGCCAACAAGAAACCCUCACCUCUGCGAAAUUAUCACCAACAGCAACAGCCGCCUUACAACUUAACCCCGAAAUACAAUGGACCACAAACGCCGCCAACGCCUCAAUCUCCUCUGGCUGCGCCCCCUCAUCAGAUGCAAUCACCCACAAUAGAUUACAAUCAACUGCACCUGCACCAUCAGCUCAAUAGCUCAGGGGGAGGAAGCUACCAGCAUCUGCAGCAGGAUCAAACGCAAUCACAAACACACCCCCAGCACUUACACUACCACAAUCAGCAUGCGACCAGCCAAACAGGUCCGCCUCCGCUCCUACCACCUCACUUGGCCACCGGACAGUUCCACGGACAACCACAGGACGCGGUUCAACAACAAACAGCUUCCUCAAGUCAACAUCAGAUGCAUCAUUCCCGAAACCCACAAUUGACGAAUCUCGAUCUGGUAGUGAAGCAUAAGCCUGAUUCGGAAGAGCAGCCUGUUAUAACUGAUCUGUCGUAUCGCAAUUCAGAAGCUGAUAAACCUGCAGCCAAUCCGGUACCAGAUGCCCCUGAGUCUCCCUACCUGACCACCUCAAACGAGGAGUCCCUGGAGUCGAACAGCAACAGCAGCAAUAGUCGAAAGCGACGCAAACGAAAAGCUAGUAUGGUCAUGAGAGUUACCCCAAAUGAAAACGCCCCAGAGGGGGGAAUCAACAAAUCACAGAUCAAAAAUCAACAACAGCCAGCGCACCAUAACAACAGCUGCAGUCCCAAACUGUCACCCAAGAAUGGAGAUGCUGAGUUUCAACCUUUUAGUUUACAAAACCAGUCGCAAGAACAUAGUGAAAAGCCGCCACAAGAAAACGGGCGAGGAGGAUCACCGGCUCCGGCAGAAAACAGUAGCAACAGCAAUAGUUCUACAAUGUAUCAUGACAACGAUAACCCCAAGACCAAGAAGCAGCGGCAGGCCCUGUUACAGCGAAACCUUACAGAACAGCACCGUAUGCAGCAGGAGGAUGAGCCUCCGAAGAAGCAUACACCUCCCACAAUGCCGCCACCUAGUCCGCAAAGCAAUAGCAGCAGCAGUAGCUCAAGCAGCUCCAGUGCUAACACGCAUAGCAGCCACAGUAGUCAUGCCGUUAAUGAUAGAGAAAGAAUUCAAAAACCUGAGAUCAAUAACAAGGCUACUACGGAUACCCCUGCAUCUCCUGCUCUAGUGGAACAAGGAAACAUCGAUGCUAAACCUGCGGUAAGUGUUCAUGAGUGUGAUGAGGAAGAUGAACCAGCAGCAAAAAAAGAAUCGCCUACGCAUUCUGGUCCACCUCCCACUCCUGCUAUUGCUGAUCCGCCAGUGGCUGAAUCCCCCAAGAAACCCUCACCCGCUGCCAACUCAGAGCCCUGUCCUUUUGGAGAAGUCGAAGAUAAACUGGAGGAAAUGUUUGCCGGAAUCGAGGAGGAGACGGAAAGAAUAUGCAGCCCGGAAAAGCAAGCGGAGGAAACGGAAGAGAUGGUAGCACACGAUUUGACCGCCCAGCUGGCUCUGGACAGUGCUAGAACAGACGAGGCGCCAGCGGAAAAGGUUGAGACUUCAGUGCUAACAGUUUUGGCGCCAACCGCAGCACCUACACCCGAAAUUCGACCGGUAGCCACCAAGGCAGCGAUGAAGUCAACGCUACCAAGUCCUGUGCACAGUCCUACUCCUCAAGCUCGUUCCACGUCGACACCCUUGGCUGCAGCAGAUGAUGCUAAAUCAGAUACCCCUGUUCCACCUAAAACCCCCGCUUACAGGAGACCACCACCUCGUAGACUUUCCAUGGGCAUGGAUGUCUCACUAUUACGUUUUAUGAUCGACGAUCCGCCUGCCAAGAAAACAGGCCGCAAGAAGAAAGUUAUUCCACCCCUGGAGCUUGAAGAUGAUGACAAACCCAGCACCUCGGCAGCAGCUGCUGCGGCUCUGGCAGCUCGCCAACUAAGCGAAGCUGCUUCUGCUCCAAAGGGAAAAGCUGGCGGUGCAAAAAAGAAGAAUGCUUUGGGUAAGGGCAAGAAAGGACCAGCAGGAAAAGGUAAUGCAAAGAAUGCUAAACAAAAUGGGAAGAAGUCGGGCCGAAAACACGCGUUCACCACCGACGAGGAUAGCACUCCAGCACCCACAAACGGAGGUGGUGCAGUUCCCGAGCUAAAGUUCAAAUCUCCCUUCAUUCUUAUUAAACCGGACGGAAGCUUGAGCAUAAAGAACACCCACAGUGCCGAGGACGUUAACGAGAAGCAGACAAAGGCUAAAAAGGCGCCGCACGAACGAAAAAACGUAAGAGGAAUGCACAGUUCCACUCUGAGCAACCGCUACGAUGCAGACACCACCGACUCCACUUGGAUAUGUGUGUUCUGCAAGCGGGGUCCCCAUAAACUCGGCCUGGGUGAUCUUUUCGGUCCUUAUUUAGUGACCAGCGACUGCGAAGAGUAUCGUGCGGCUGUGCAGGCACCCGGAGUUCAGGAUAUAGAUGGUUUGUUUAUUAACAAACGUAGACGCGAAGACAUGGUAAAGCUGAAUGAGAGGAAUUUGCCCGUUGUGCCCGCCUCACUUGCCCAUAUUAUGCAAGCACCUAAGAUAAGCAUGCAUAAACGAAAGCGCAAACAGACGCACGACAGCUCGAUAUCCUACAGCGACGACCUAAAUGAGUCUCGAUCACAAUGCUCAUCUGUGGACCCGCUGGAGUGCAGUAACGAAACCAAGUACGUGGAAACCUUUCGCGGAAUGGUGAAGACCUCGGAACACGGCUUUGAAGUUUGGUUGCACGAGGACUGUGCUGUGUGGAGCAACGACAUUCAGCUAAUUGGCGCCCAUGUCAACGGUCUGGAUGCAGCGGUUUGGGAAAGUACGAGGUACCAGUGCGUGCUUUGCCAGCAGACGGGGGCCAGUAUAUGCUGUUUCCAACGAUGUUGUAAGGCUGCUGCUCAUGUGCCGUGUGCGCGAUCCGCCAUGUGGAGCCUUAGCGAGGAUAAUCGGAAGGUAUACUGCCAGCUGCAUAGGGAUGAACCUGAUGUGGAACCCAUAAAAACGGAGUCCUUAGCGCCGGUAGAAGCGUUAGUAGCUCCUGCUCCAGCUCCUGCACCACCACCCCCAAUCAACAUUCAUUCGCUUCCCUGAGUACGCGUGCGCGUCCAGAAAUGCCGCCUGGUCGCCAAGCGUUGAGCGUUAAGGCACGAUCCCUCGACUCCGAAUCCAAAACCCAACCGAAUCCGCAGCUCGCUGCACCUUUUACUUAAGCUUUGUACAUAAGUUUCCGACUGCCGUCGUACGUCGCCAGGAGGGCAUUUCGUAAUCCGUGAAGUGAUUUUGUAUAAAUCCGCUGUACAUUUUAAGGCUUGACGCACCGCACAGACGAUAUCAGAGCGUUUGCCACAUUAUAGUUAGGUUCCCUCGCUAAAACUUUAGUUAUUUAUGUUUAAGUCGAUUCCUAAAUUAUUUCUUCGCAUAGUCCCAAACCUUACAUUAGUACCUUUUAGUUCUAAAUAAUUUUAAAGCCUCCACCCCAUGUCUAAAUACCCACCCAUCUGCAUCACAUACGCCAAUUGAUAAUUGAUAAUUCGGUUUAGUUGAAUUCAGUCUGUUUGUAUAAUCAAAUAGUCCAUGCCAUACCAAUAUCCGAGUAAUCAAUAUAACUGAAGUAGCUAUGGGAGAUUCCAAUUGAUAUAUGCGAUGUGAAGUUGCAGUAAAGUUACUUAUAAAUAGAAAAUGUUUGACACCAAGUAAGCGAGAACAUUCGAAGCCCAAUUAAAAAUGGAAUAUUGUAAAACAAUAUAAUAUGCAUAUAAUAAUAUUAGUAAUGUUAAUUUAAGCGAAAAGUUAAAGCCAGCAAAAUGAAACCUUGUAUUGUAUUUGUAUUCAGUAAGGUCUGUACGUAUUGCUGAUAAUUUUAAAACUUUAAAACGUAUAAACAAUAAAAACUUAAUCUCACAAACAA